CCUGUCAAAACAAAUCUGACAGCUUUCGUUCUAAAAGUAAAUAAAUAAGAAGUAAAACUAUAUAUGACAAAUUUAUUUUUAAAAAAUGAGAUUUAAAAUUUCAUUGCAAGAGAGAAAAGAUAAUAUAAAAUUAGUGACUUGUGUUGCAUGGAGUUCUACAGACGAAAUCUAUUCCUGCGGCGAGGAUCAUCAAUUAAUAUGUUGGCGCUUGGAAAGUGGAAUGUUAAAUUCAUCUGUAAUUGCUGAAUUUCCUACUGAUUUUUAUCCAACUGAUAUGCAAUAUUAUCCACGACCAUCGCAAACAACAAUUUCAUCAUCAAAAAAACAAUCGUUGGAUGUUCUUUUGAUAACAACAACCGACGGAAAAUUUUAUUUAAUAAGCAAAAGUGGACGAAUUGAAAAAAGUGUUUCUGCUCAUGUUGGUGCAACUCUUGUUGGAAAAUGGAGUUAUGAUGGUUCAGCAUUUUUUACAGCUGGUGAGGAUGGACUUAUUAAAAUAUGGUCACGUAGUGGAAUGUUAAGAUCAACAUUAGUUAGAGGAACAUUGCCAAUUAUGACAGCAGCAUGGAGUCCAAAUUCUUCUCUAAUUCUCUAUUCACAAGGAGUCAAUCUUAUUUUACAAUCACUUAGUUCAAAUUCAAAACCACAAAAGUGGUUAGCUCACGAUGGUUUAAUACUUUCAUUGUCAUGGAAUCAGUGUAAUGAUCUUAUUGUCACAGGUGGUGAAGAUUGCCGAUACAAAGUUUGGGAUUCUUCAGGAAAUCAACUUUACAGCAGUAGUGUUAACGAAUAUCCAAUAACUUCUGUUAAUUGGUGCAAUUCUGGAAAUUAUUUUUCAAUUGGAUUUUUCAAUACUGUUAAACUUUGCGACAGAACUGGAUGGUCUCAUUCAAUGGAAAAAUUGAAUAUUGGCAGUGUUUUUAGUAUUGCAUGGUCCAGUGAUGGUACACAAGUGGCAAUGGCCUGUGGAAGAGGAAUUGUUCUCACGGCACAUAUAAUUGAUAGAAAAUUAGAGUGGAAUAAUUUUGAGGCAACGCUUAUCAGAAGAAAAGCAAUAGAAAUCAAAGAAAUAGGCACUGAAUGUCAAGAAAUUUUAGAAAUAGCCGAUAGAGUUGUACAAUUGGAAUUUGGAUUUGAUUAUUUAGUUGUUAUUACACCAAAUCAAUGUCAUAUUUAUUCGACAUUAAAUUGGAAUACACCAGCGAUAUUUGAUUUAAGAAGUGGCUCUGUAUCAACAGUUCUUCUUGCUGAAAAACAUUUUCUCUUAGUUGAAUGGAACGUUAUAACUCUUUACAAUUAUCAAGGACGUUCUUUAGGCACUCCAAAAUGGAAAGGAAUGACACAAGAAUUGUUACAUCCUUUAAGCAUUUCUUUAUGUUCUGAUACAUUAGUUGUCAGGGAUCAAAGCAGUGAAAAAUUAUUGCACGUGAUGGAUAUUUCAUAUGCGAAACCAAUAUCAGAACUUCAGUCAUACGUUCAUUUGGAAAAUGUUAGACAACUUGCUUUAAAUCACGUUGGUGGGAUAAAUAAUCGUCAAUUGGGAAUUAUUGAUAUUAAUAGAGAUUUGUAUCUCGUCUCCAUUAGAUCCACAGGAUUUGGCCGUGUUUGUAAAAUUGCUGUAAUGGCUCAGAGUAUUGUUUGGGCAAGUGAUGCCGAUGUUUUAGUUGCAAUGUUGGACGCAACAUUGUCCGUUUGGCUUUGUCCAAAUUGCGUUCAUUAUAGUGAUCGAAAAGCUAUUAAAAAAACGAGAAUAGAUAAAGAAAACAGCGAAUAUGGAAAGCAACCGAGUAUUGUGAGAGUACAAAAUGGAAUGGUCACUGUGAGACGUGGUGAUGGUGCAUUAGUUGUUUCUUCAUUUUAUACAUUCUUCACUAAUUUACAUAGACAUAUUUUACAAAAUCGUUGGUCAGAAGGACUUUCACUUUGUCGAAUUGCACAGAAUGAAAUUUUAUGGACUUGCAUGGCAGUUAUGGCAAUUGAUAACAAGGAAUUAACAGUUGCUGAAGAAGCUUGUGCUGCUAUUGGCAGAUAUGACAAAGUUGAAUUCAUUCAAUACAUUAAGAGCUUGUCGAAAAAAUCCGAACUAUUGGCAGAAACAGCUCUUCUUGCAGGCGAUUUAUUGGCAGCUGAAGGAAUAUUAUUGCAAAAUGGUUUAGUGAAUGAAGCGAUUCGUAUCAAUAUUCAAAUUUACAAUUGGAAUAGAGCGCUUGAACUUGCGAUAAAACAUAAAAAACAAUUGACGGAAAUUUUGAAAGCAAGAGAAAAUUAUCUUCAAUUAUUGGAUAAACAAGAAACAAAUCAAAGUUAUCUUGCUGUAAUGUCAAAUAUUUCAAAAACAAAUACAAAGGAAAACUUGAGCAAAAUAAAAGACUUGGAUGAAAUUGAAAAAAGUCAAAAUAGUGAAUCGAUUGAGUGAUUAGAUUCAUUGAAUUGUAAAUAUGUAUAAUACAAAAACUUAAUAUUUUAAAGAAAGAAAAAAUAUAAUACUGUAAUUGAAAUCACUAUAAUAGAAA